AUGUUUAAGAUAGCGAAAAACCUUGUGAAGACGUUCGAACAAACUUUAUCUCUAUCCGAUCAGGACAGACUAGAUGGGUUUUUCCAGUCAAUUCCACCAAAUUUGCUGGAAUCACAGAUACAUUCCAACACAGAUAUGUCUACUCUUUCAGACGUGUUAAGUGGAUUACGUGUUGUUUACGUGGAUGAGCUACAACUUCAGUUGGAAUCAUAUUUUGAUUUUAUUGUUGGUAUUGACGACGACCCACUUCCAUUGAUGAACAACCAACACGGCUAUUUGUACCCUGAUUAUAACGAAAUUAUCCGUUUACUCAAUAUACACGCUGAACAAGCCUCUCCAGUGAAACUGAAUGUGUGGUCAGCUAAAGGUGGCACUUUUAGAGAUGAAUAUAUGUCAUUGUCAGCUAUUCCAAGCGAUGAAAACCAGAUGGAGGAUAUAAAUUUGAGUAACGAUACACCUCAUCAUCAAUUGUCUUCUAAAAUAUUUAGUCCUUUAGGUUUUAAAGUCCAAUGGACCCCACUGAUAGCCGCUACAUAUACUUAUCAUGUUCUACAGUUGAACAUCGAAGGUGGCCCAGCACACGCAGCUGGCUUAAUUCCCGAUGAAGAUUAUAUUAUCGGUUCUCAAGAUGGUUUGCUAGCAACUGGUGGAGAAACACUGCUUCAAGACUUGAUAAGAAGCCGAGCUAAUCAUGACUUGAUCCUUUACGUGUAUAACAAAGUCGUGGAUUGUGUGAGACCUGUGACUGUGAACAUUGGACCAGAUGGAAGACUCGGUUGUGGUGUGGGAUAUGGUUUCCUGCACCGUAUCCCUACUGUUAGAAAACAAGAAGAUGGAAACACUAGCAUGCAUAGCAACAAAGGUAUCACCAAUGCUCCUACUGCUGCUAUUCCAGUACCUACAUUUGACCAGCCAAUGUCCUCGGAAACUUUUGUUCCAGGCAUUGCGAAACCCCCACCAACAAGCAAAUCAUCCAAAAAACAUGCAGUUAAUAUAUCCACCAUGGGUGACUACUUCAGCGAAGGUAAAGAUCAAUCUCCAACGCCCAAACCCUCUACUGGCGACAAAGAUGCAAGUAUACCCCCACCACCAAGUAAAAACACUGAAGAAACUCAAUAG